AUGUGGUAUCGCAGCCCCGACAUUUUGCUGGGCGGCGAGACGCUGGGCGUGCCUCUGGACAUGUGGUCCGCAGGCUGCGUGUUCGCGGAGAUGCUCUUGCACGCGCCGCUCUUCCCGGGCAGCAGCGAGGUCGAGAUGCUGUUCCUGCAGUUCAGGCUGCUCGACACGCCCACGAGCGAGUCGUGGCCUGGGUGCUCCGACCUCCCGUACUGGUCCAAGAACUUCCCCGCCUUCCGCGCGCGCCCCACGAAGCUCAUGGGCAGCUCCUGGUGGCCGCCAGUGCUCAUCGGCAUCCUGAGCGUGACCUCGCUCCUUGGCUGGUGCCCGAGGCUGCUGUGGGGGGCGCCGACCACGAGGGUGCAGGCGAUCGACGGGCAGACGCUGCGCGGGCAGCCGCGUGCGGGGCAACGCUUUUGGGUGCUGUUCGACCGCACGGAGGGCCUGUGGCACGAGCGCCUGUGCCUGUGCGAGUACGGGACGGGCGUGAUCGUCGCCACCCCCGACGGGGACAUCUACGCUGAGGAGUUCACGGACUACGAGGACCUGGCCGUCUCGGGGCCCCAGGGCGGCGUGCCACGCCGCCUUCGCCCGAGGCGGCGCUACCACUUCGACCCAGGGGACCUGGAGGAGUAUAGCCAGCUGCGCGUGGACGCCGCUCGCCAGCUGGCCAGGCUGCUUGAGAGCGGCGAGUACACAGCGGCGCCGAUCCCGCUCCCUGACGCGGAGGACGGCGCGGCUCUGGCGACAGGCGGGGGCCCGGCUCCGCUGGACGUGGGGGGCGGCACUCCUACGCCACGCAGCCCUAUGCCGAAGGAGCUCGACGAUGCGCCACGCGGGACGACCUGGUACUUGCUCACCGACGGGUUCGGCCAGCGGAGGCACGAGCAGGUGACGGUCGGCCUGAACGAUCGGUGCGUCACCGACGGGCGCUCGGGGCUCCUCAUCCGCCAUGGGGAGACCGUGCCGGUGUCGGCGCAGCUGCCGCCGCGUGCCGGUGACGAUGACGUGAGGACGCUGCCAGUGCAGUACAACCCUCGCGGUGAGAGGACACGCUCGUUCCAGAGCGCGCGGGGUGCCUUCGCGGAGGAGACCUUCGAUGACUUUCCUGUCCGCGGCCCGCGGACGACAGGCUGGCUGAUGGGGGCGUUCCACAAGGGGGGCCAGAGCCCUGUGGCGCGCCACCGCUGGUGGCGGCAGAUGCUGGGGGCGACGACGGCGGACCCUGGGAUUGAUGACCACCUCUUCCUCUCGGAGCUUUUCGAGCUCGGCGGACAGUGCGACCAGCUGAAUCUGCCGAACAGCGCCGCCUUCGAGGCGAUCUCCCGUCGCUAUCAGCUGUGGGAGGAGCGCUACGCUGAGAAACUGAAGCAGGUGACUGAGGGACCCGGAGCCGCCGCCGGAGUGGCCGCUGAGAGGCACCUCUUCCUCGGGGUCACGUCGGGCAGCGCAGCUCUGGUCUCGCUCAGCCUGGCCGAGUACGCGGCAGAGAAGAUGGAGCAGGAGAGCAAGAUCUUGAAGGAGCGCCGCAAGGGUCGCGAGGAGCGCAACCUGGCCGCGCUGGCGUCUUCGGGCUCCGGCAGCGGCGGCGGCGGCGGCGGCGGCGCGGGAGGUGCUGCCGCCAUCGAGGGUCAGGACAAAAAGAAGAGGCCGCCCAAGAAGCAGAAGGCCGAGGAGGGCUGCGCUCAGCUCCUUGGAAAUCCCAUCUGGGACUGGUCUGCGAUGUGCUCAGGGAGAUACGUCCUGGGCCCGCCCGAUUUCUCGGGGUUGGUCAGGUUCAGGCUCCGUGUUGUACUUAUGGGUUGGUCGUGGGCAGUGUACUUCGUCCAGUCUGCGAUGAAGAACCUGCUGGUGACCUCUGUGGGCGCGUCGCUACGCGGGUUCGGGGUCACGGCGUGCCAGUUCGAGUCUAGCGGCGUUGGCAAGGUUGGCCGUGUCAGUGAACGUUGUCGAUUCCGUGGGGAGCUUCGCAAAUGUGCUAGGCCGCGCGACGUUUUGGAAGACAUUGAGGUGCCCUUCUCGUUCCUCGCCCGUGGGUCUGAUCACGACUUCUUGGAGACUGGAGCCCAGACGGAGUUCCCCGAAGUUCCCGAGUGGUUUGCCAAGGACUCCCCUUGGUGCGUCAUUGCGGCAAGGAGGUGGAGGAGGACGGAGAAGAUCCUGAACCUGGAGGCGGAGGCGGCCCUGUGGGCUGCUCGGCGUAUCAGUCGUGACAAGCGUCUAGGGGACCAUCGGCACCUCAUCCUCAGCGACUCGAUGGCCUGGGUGUGUGCAGCCACCAAAGGGAGAGGGAGCCCCUGGUUUGUUCUUCGUCGGUGUCGAGAGCUGUAUGCGCUCGCUAUUGCCUCUGGGUGCCGCUUCGUGUAUCGCUGGAUUCCUUCCGAGUGGAAUAGCGCAGAUGCCCCGAGCCGAAGGUGCGACCCUGCCAGCGAGCACCACGCUAAGUACUUCUAUGUCAGUAAUCCGGGUGGCUCGGAUUGUCUUGCGAGCCGCAGCGGGCCCACCCCUCUAUCUGGGACCGUGGAGGCGGUCAUCGGCGAUGGAGUUCCGCACCCUCCGGGCCUCCGACGCCUCGCGGCCGCGGUCCCGUUCGCCUACGGCCUGCCGGGGCUCUGGGAGGCUGCGCACGGCGGUCAGGCUGGACACGACGCAGCUGCCGACGUCGUCGGCCGCGACACCUGCUCGAGUGUCAGCCCGCCUCGCGGCCGCUCCCACCGCCAGGCCGCCCGUGGCUCGCCGCCGCCUGGGGCCGGGGCCGGCAGGGAGCGCCGCGGCGCGCCCGGCGCGCCGGGCGGGCUACGCUCGGAGACAGCAGGUGCGGCAGGCGAUGCGCCAGUCGCCCUCGACCCCGAUCGGGAGCGCAGGGCGCGCGGCAGCCCGGCUGGCGGAGCUCGGCUUCCGAGUUUCUGCGCUGGGGGCGGCGUCGGUGACCCCGGCGACACAGGACAUUACCUGACGCACCUGGAGAUGCUGCUGAGGUGGCUAAUGCUGAGGAGGGCGCCCACGCUCGACAAGGACGAGUGGGAUGUGCUCCUGACGAGCUACAUCGAGCACCUGUGCGACUCGGGAGCGACCGAGAACGCCGGCGGGCCCCCCCUUGGCCUCGGCAGCGCUGGCAGGGUGGCGGCGGGCCGAGCCGGGCCAGACGAGGCCGCCGAGCCGCGCGAGCUGGCCAUCGCGAUCGCCCUCGACCUGUGCGAUUGCGGCUUGCCGAGCCUGGGGUUCUUCGUCAUGCUGGUCUUCGAGACGUACAUGCGCCCCAGCGAGGCCCUGGCUCUCCAGCGCUUCCAGCUCGUCCCACCGGCGGGAGACGGGCUGCCGGGGACAAAAGGGCGCUGGGCCGUGCUGACCCGGGCCCUCGAGCUCGGCAGGCCUGGCAAGACAGGCGACUUCGAUCUGCCGCGACACCAGCUGCUGGUGCCAGGGCUGGAGGAGAUCUUCGGCCGGCGCGGCCAGCGCGACCCGGUGUUUCUCUUCGACUACGUGAC